AUGAAUUGCCGUCCAGGUGACGUAACGCCGUCGACGAGUGCGUCCAUGCCUGCCACAGAGAAUCUGAAAGAGCAACCGACCAAUUCAGGUGCUUCUGCUCAAAAGGUUUCGGAAGUCUUCUUGGCUGCUGGACAAGCUUUUCAGAAGUUGGGUGGACUUAUUGCAAAUUUGCAUAAUCCGAAAAAUGGAGUCGAGAGGAAAUGGACAAGUUCGGAUACCAAUAGUUUGCAUGACGCAGUUUCUCGUUUUGCAAGCGAUUUGCAGCGCAUCAGUGAAACAGUCCAAGGAAGGGAAGUGUAA